AUGGAUCGGUCGGUGAGCGCGAGGCGGAAGGCGGAAGCGCCGAUCCCGGCGGUGCAGGAGAGCUUCUGGUCGAGCCUGGUGAAGAAGGUGGCGGACUUCGUGCUCGAGGACGACAUCCCCUCGUCGCGCGCGUCGACACCGCGGCAUCAGCACUCGCCCACGCUCAAUGUGGAGGAUCUUCUAGGGAAACCUGUUGCGGGAAGUGGUGUGUCAAGCAGCCCGCGGAGGUCCUUCCAAAACCGCUCGUCUCCCCUCUCUUUCGCCCUCCCCAUCUCCUCCCCGCUCAUCCCCAUCCCCUCUCCCAUUUUUCCCCGUUAUACGCGGCGGCAGGAGGGCAUAGGCAAGGAGGGCAUAGGCAAGGUGGUGCAGGUGGCGGUGGACGACCACCCGCCCCCCAGAAAGGCAGCACCGGGCAGCACCAAGCCUGGCGCGUCCGCCAGGCAGUCCGCGCCCAGAGCGCCCGCCAGAGACGCGCGCCCCCGCCCCGGACGAGAGGGGGAAGUAUGGGAUACAGAAGCUGCUGCCUCCCUCGUCUCUCCUGCUUCACUCGCCUCUCCUCCCGCCCUUGUCUCUCCCGCUUCCCCUGUCUCGCCGCCCUCCCUUGCUGCACGGCCUGACGAGCCUCUUGCCUCCCCUCCCCCUCAAGCUCCCGGCCAUGCGUCCGCUGGCCCAGCUGCCACGUCAGCUGCCACGUCAGCCGCUACAUUAGCCGCCACGUCAGGUGCUGAGCUGGCAGCCGAAGAUGAUCUGCUAGUGCGGUUACCGAAAGUGAGGGAGAUGCACGGGGGGAGAGAGGAGGGGGUGAAGCGGGCGAGUGAGGCGGCAGUGCAUGUGCCCAAAGAGACACAGCUCGUGGCGUCCAGGAAUGUGGCGACAGCCAUGGCCGUGCGGGCCAAGCAGCUGCAGGCGGACCUCAAGGCAGCUCGGAGAGACGCCAUGGACGCUCGAGAGCGGUGCAGAGCGGUGGAGGAGGAGAAUGAGCGGCUCAGAGCGGCGCUGGCUGCUGCAGAGGCGGCGAAGGGGGAGGGGGUGGGAGAGCGUGAGGCGGAAGGGGGGUUGGAAGGGGAGGGGGGCGUGGACACACAUCACCACCACCAUCACUCUGAACUGGAAGAUAUGGUGCACGAGCAGCUGGGCGUGCUGCUGCAGGAGAAGGCGCAGCUGGUGGCGGGGAAGGCAGCAGUGGAGCGAGAGAAGCAGAUGCUACAAGACUUCCCCUCUUCUCCUUGCUGUCUGCUGUUGCACGAGCAGCUGGGAGUGCUGCUGCAGGAGAAGGCGCAGCUGGUGGCAGGGAAGGCCGCAGUGGAGCGAGAGAACGAGAUGCUGCACCACCUGCUGCUCUACUACGAACACCUGUACCUGCGCGGUGGCAGCAUGGGGGGAGAGCACCAUGCACUCGCUGAGGGGGGGCAUGUGCUGGCUGGGGGAGAGCAUGUGCUGCUGGAAGGGAGCCAUGUGGUGGCAGGGGGGCAUGCAGUGGGGGGGCAGUAUGUGAUAAAUCAGCAGCCUGGAAAUGGGGAGGCUGAGAUUGGGAGGCAUGCUACUGACCAGAUACCGGAGGGCUGUGCUGGGGAAGGGGAGAAGCGGGAGGAGGGACAGGAGAGGGCUGAGGAGCACCCAGGGUCAACUUCGUUGCAGCCGCAGGUGGCAGGGGAGGGCCUGUUGGAUGAAGCAAGGAGAGGCAGUGUGGUGGGUGAAGCGGCAGAUGUGGGUGGUGGGGAGAACUGGAAGGAAGGACAGGAGAAGACUGAGGAGCACACGGGGUCAACUUCAUUGCAGCAGGUGGCAGCGGCAGGCUCGUUGGAUGAAGCAAAGGGAGACAGGGGGCAGUGUGGGUUGACUGAGGCGGGUGGAGGUGGUGAGAUGGGUGGGGGGGCUGAGGCCAGUGGGGGGCCUAAGGCGGGUGGGGGAAAGAACCAAGAGGAGGGACAGGAGAAGACUGAGGAGCAUGAAGGCCCGCCUUCGUUGCAACGGCAGGUGGCAGCAGCAGUCUCGUUGGAUGAAACAAGGGAAGGCAGGGAGGCGUGUGGAGGGGCGGAGGCGGGUGGGGAUGGAAUGGUGGAGGGAAGCAGUGAUGGGGUGAGGAUGAAUGGUGCAGUGUCGGGGGGUGUGGAGGAAGAGCGGAAAGGUGGUGCAGGGAGCGUGUGUGCAGGGAGUGGUGGUGUUGAUGACUGCACGGGGUCCAAAGUCUAUGCAGGCAGCUGA